CCAAUGAUUCCAGAUUGACAGCUUAGCCACCCAAUGGACAUGCUGGAAAUGCUCUUCCUGGCCUAUCGUGGUAUAGGGUGGAUCCCUUCCUGCAAAAAUUGCAAGAUGGCGCUGAGAAUCUCUGUAUGAGGACACGAUCCCUCCAGAAUUCGACAUGAAAGGAAAGGAACGCUCCCCGGUUAAGGCCAAGCGGUCCCGGGGGGCGGAGGAGUCCUCUCGCGAACGUUGCGGAAAGAAGUUAAGUUCCACUAGCUGUAGCAUCGACGGCGGCUCUGCCGCCAAGAGCUCGGAGGGCAGCAGCAGCGGGCGGCGCGGCCUACACCUAGACAAGGGGCUCUCCAGUAAUCGAGAUUAUGAGUCUUCUGGAAGAGCCCCGGGAUUGCACAGCUACGGAUCGCCUGUCGCCAGCAGCGGGAGUAGCAGCAGCAAGGGCGCUGACAACAGAGGCGGAGUGGUCGCCCGAAGCUCGGAUGGUCGUGGAGAGGCCGAGUACAAGUCGCUGCGGAUCAGUGAACUGGGCUCGUCGUUAAGUGAUGAAGCGGUAGAGGAUGGGCUCUUUCACGAGUUCAAGAAGUUCGGUGACGUCAGUGUGAAAAUCUCCCGUUCCGGAGACGAGCGGGUUGCUCUGGUGAACUUUAGGCGCCCUGAAGACGCACGAGCAGCCAAGCACGCCAGAGGCAGGCUGGUUCUGUAUGAUCGGCCGCUAAAGAUCGAGGCAGUGUACACUACGGGCAGCAGCCGGCGUCGGAGCCGCUCCCCUGGCGACAAAGAGCCGUAUAGCAGCAUAUCGGCUGCAGUGUCCUCAUUGCCCUCCCACCGACACCAGCGGGGCCUUUCCCCUGGAGGCCUGGGCUACAGGGACUACAGGCUGCAGCAGCUCGCUCUAGGACGCUUGCCUCCUCCACCUCCCCCACCGCUCCCCAGGGACCUGGACAGGGACAGAGACUACAACUUCUAUGAUAGCCGGAUACGGCCUUCCUACCCGCUAGACCCGCGCCUGAACAUUCGAGAAGAUGAUAGCUCGGAGAACGAUAUAAGAGCCAACAGAACUCUGUUUCUUGGGAAUCUGGACGUCAAUGUGACAGAAAGUGAGCUGCGCAGGGCUUUUGAGAGGUUUGGUACAAUUACUGAAGUGGACAUCAAACGAGCCACCCGGGGGCAAUCCUCUACCUAUGGAUUUAUCAAGUUUGAGAAUUUAGACAUGGCUCAAAGAGCAAAACAAGCCAUGGCUGGUAAGCCUAUUCUCCGCAACUGUAUUAAAAUUGGCUAUGGCAAAGCUACCCCCACCAGCCGGCUGUGGGUGGGCGGGCUAGGACACUGGGUUCCAAUGGCAUCACUAGCACGUGAAUUUGAUAGAUUUGGCACCAUUAGAUCUAUUGAUUACCGUAAAGGGGACAGCUGGGCUUAUAUACAGUAUGAAAGUUUAGAUGCUGCUCAAGCUGCUUGUACUCAGAUGAGAGGUUUUCCACUGGGGGGAGAGCAUAGGAGACUUCGAGUGGACUUUGCUGAUGCAGAUCAUGUUUAUCAACCUCCUUAUCUGCAACCUUUACCCUUACCCCAUUAUGACUUGGGGGAUGCUUUUGCACAUAGAGCUCAGGAUUCUCUUAGAGCCAGGGAUCGUACAUCACCCUUGUUGUACAGGGAAAGAGAAAGGGACUUGUAUGGAGAUUCAGACUGGGUGCCACUUCCCAUUAGAGACCGAAACAGAGUCCCCUAUGAUUCUUUGGAUUCAUUAGACCGCCGAGUUGAUGGCUGGUCUUUGGAAAGGGAGAGAGAAAGAGAUGGCAUAAACAAAGAACAGCCUAGGAAACGAAGAUUGCUUGAUGAAGCUCGUCAUGUGGACAGAUCACCUGAAAGUGACCGUUCCAGAAAGAGACACUGUACUAGUCCUGACAGAAGCCCUAAUGGCAGUGGUGGUCGUGAUGGCCGUUACAGUGAUACAGAUCGUGCAAACAGGACAGAGCAGCCGUCGCCUUCCAGAGACUGGCGGGCAAGUCUCGAACGGGGACUUGAAAGUAAGCGUGAUCGAAAGAAUUCAAGCCCUGUCGAAAGAGAUCGGAAACAUCGCAUUAGUGAAAAUAAAAGUCCAUUAAGGAAAGAUGAGCGGCUUGAGUCCAGCAAUAAAGUGAAAUCUCCCCAAAAACAAGACACAAACCAAAAUCUCUGCUUGGCUUGGCAAGGGAUGCUACUGCUGAAAAACAGUAAUUUUCCGUCCAAUAUGCAUCUGCUUCAGGGUGAUCUUGCAGUAGCAACUGGCCUUCUAAUUGAGGGAUCGACAGGUGGAAAGGUUGCGCAGUUAAAAAUUACACAAAGACUACGUCUUGAUCAACCCAAACUGGAUGAAGUGACACGUCGCAUCAAAGUAGCUGGACCCAAUGGAUAUGCGGUUCUGCUUGCUGUUCCGGGUACAACUGAGAGCAAUUUUACUGGUGAUCAAGCAAAUUCUACUCAACGCCCUUUGAGAAACCUUGUCUCCUACUUAAAGCAAAAGCAAGCAGCAGGGGUCAUUAGCCUUCCUGUGGGAGGCACUAAAGAUAAGGAAAAUGCAGGAGUCCUUCAUGCUUUUCCACCCUGUGAAUUUUCCCAGCAGUUCCUGGAUUCCACAGCUAAAGCCCUUGCCAAAUCAGAAGAUGACUACCUUGUUAUGAUAAUACUGGGAAAGGAAGAUUCUGAUCUUCGGAGCUGUUAACAGUUGAACUUUGGAUGAAAAUGUCUGUUUAGGACUUGCACAUUUUACUACUUGGCAUCCAAAAUCAAAACGUAAUGUGUAUCUGCUAUUGUGAUGCCAAUUCCCGUGUUUUAAGUGAAAAACGUGAUGACUACAUUACAUUGUACUAUAUACACAAGAUUCCUGGAAAGUGAGGCAUUGCCCCUUUUGGCACUCAAAACUUAACAUUAUGGUCAUUGAAACGGUGCACAAUUCAACUGAUUUUGUUUUCAUUCUCAAUAAAUUUCUUUUGAGGAAAAUGUCUUUCUGCCUGGAAGUGAAUUGCCAACAGCCAUCAGACCAUUUUGUUUAAGGGUACAUUGUUCCUGAUCACUUGAAUAGUAGAACAAAUUGAUGUUUCAUACUCUACAGGAAGUAAAAAGUUGACAUACUUUUUAAUAGCUUUUUUUCUUUUUUACAUUUUGUGUUGUACAAGUGGAAUAACCUAGUUCUGUUUUCAUAUCGGUUUUCUUUCUGUUGAAAGGAUCAUAUGGCUACUCAUGCUCCUUUAGGAGGGAUCCAUAAUUUACUGCAAGACACAGAAAAAAAAAUCCUACUUUUUUUUUUGUUUCGUUGUGCCAUGCCCUGUUUUGGAAAAUACAGUAAAAGCAUUUUGAUUUGUUUGUGUCAA